AUGGUUGAAGAUACGUGGAUACUUGCGCUGGAUGACGCCAUUGAUAUGGAUGACGACGCCGACGAUCUUGGUAACGAAAUGUCCCCAAACGAAAAUGUUGACAUCGGCUUCGAUCUUGGGCGAGGAAAACGCCACUACAUCACCGCCUCGCUGCCACAUCGCCGCCUCGCCACCGCAUCGCCGCCUCGCUUCCACAUCGCCACCUCGCCGCCGCUUCGCUGCCGCAUCGCCGCCUUGCAUCCACAUCGCGGCCUCGCCGCCGCGUCUCCGCCUCACCGGAAACACCGCCGCCUCGCCGCCGCCUCGCUUCCACAUCGCCCUCGUGCUGCCACAUCUGCACCACGUCGCGAGCGAGCGGCGUCACCGCCUCAUCGCCACCAUAUCGCGAUCUCUCUCGGAACACUGCCUCAUCACCGCCACAUCGACGCCUCCCCCGCACAUCGACUCCUCGUCAGCCCCGCCCCCUCAACGGCGUGCCUCCUCCAGUUCGCCGCCUGUCGCAUCGCCGAGUCACGCGCCGGCACUUUUAUUGCCGUUGAGGCGUUGCAUUCAUGCUCCUCGAAAAUACUCCCCCCUGCCCCCGGCCCACUCCCCCCCCCCCCCCCUCCCAAUCACCUCCCCCCGCUACACGUGCUCUACCCUCUACUUCAUGCAUUCCUCCCCUCUCUCAUCCCUUCCUCCACUCUCUCACCCAUCCCUAUCCUCUCUCAUCCUGUCCCCCACUAUCCUCCUCUCUCCCCCCGCCCCCCUCUCCCCCUAUGUCCGCACCUCUCCCCCUGUCCUCCUCUCUCCUCUUCCGGCCCUCCCUUGUCCCUGCUCUUCCCCUCAUGUCCCCCCUCCUUUCCCUUAUUCCCCUCUCCAACCCCGUUCCAUUCCCAAGUUACCCCCGUCUCUCCUUCUUCCCCGUUGCUCUCGGUUUCCCCCUUUGCGUUCCUUCAUUUCACCCACUACUACCUUCCUUUUCCCCCCAUGUUUCCCCACCCCCACUACCCUGUUGCUUGUCCUCUGUUUUGUCUUUGCCUUUGGUCAAUCUUCCCUCUUAUACCACCUGGUCACUCCCUUGCGUUCCCUCCUUUCCCUGAGUCUAGGGUCCCAUCUACCAUUCUUCCUUCUCAAAAACCAUCCCACCCUCUCGCAUCCCCGCUCCCCUCUCUCAUCCCUUCCUCUCCUCUCGUGAUGGUGCCUCGCCAUCGCACAUGCCUUCGCGCCUCUCUCAUCCCCUCCCCCCAUCUCUCAUCCUCGCCUCCCCUCGCUCCUCCCCUCCUUCCUUCUCUCAUCCCGUCCACCCCUCUCUAA